UGCGGCGUUCCACACUGAUUCUCAUUACUGCUGUAAUGGUCUUGUAUGUUUUAGUGGUUGUGGCAGGAUGCAAGGGAAAACCUGGGAGUCCAAAAUGUGUAGGGCAACCGGAUGGCGGUAAUAAUCGCAAAAGAAAGUGCAAAAAAUCGGCCAAUAACGAUAUGUGGAAUUAUAAUCCGGUGACCAAAAACUGCACCAAAAUUAAUUACCUUGGAUGCGGCGGUAAUGACAAUCGUUGGUGCACAAAAGUUUUAUGUGAGGGCUGCCGAUCAAGAUGAAAUAAAUAAAAUAAAAUAAUAAAACAAUAUUUCCAUUUAAUUAUUUUUCUG